AUGAAGAGGAUGGUCUGGGUGGCCAUGCUGCGCAUCACACUCUCUUGGCUCAUGAUGCACGCAGGGGACAUGUUUUUAGGAUCUUAUGCUUGUUUGGCCAAUGGGACAACUCGCACCUUCUUGUGUCUUGGCAGCAAAGUGCAUCAGAUGCCAUGCCAAAUACCAAAAAAUACCACAUACGUGGAGAUCAAGCUGACUCAGAUCAUCAUGUUUCCAAGUAAAGCCAUGUCAUCCCUUCAUGACCUUAAACGCAUAAUGGUGUCGGAGAACGGAGUCCUCCAGAGUAUUGAAGCCUACGCGUUUGCGAACCUGACUAAACUGGAAGAGAUUACUAUUACUAAAUCAAAAAAUCUUGUCAGAAUGGACAGAAAUACAUUCUGGGGACUUCCAAGACUGAGAUAUCUGACUAUUUCAAACACAGGCCUCACAGUCUUACCUGACUUCUCCAGUGUCCAGUCUGCUGCUUUUGAAUUCCUGUUUGACCUAGAAGAUAACAUGCAUAUUCAAGUGAUUCCCAGCAAUGCUUUUGUAGGACUUACCAGUGGUACAAUAACUGAACUGAGACUGACAAAGAACGGAAUCACCGAAGUGGACAGAAAUGCCUUUAACGGCACCAAAAUAGAAAAACUGUUUCUCAUGGGAAACCAACAGCUGAAGCGUAUCCACAACUACGCCUUCCUUGGUGCUGAAGGCCCCCUCGUUCUGGACAUCUCCCGCACUGCAAUCAGUUCCUUGCCAGAGAACAUGCUGAGGAGACUGAAGCUGCUGAUUGCCACAUCAGUCUACUCUCUGAGAUGGUUACCCAACCUGGAGAUAUUCACAGAGCUCACUCAGGCCAACCUCACGUACCCAAGCCACUGCUGUGCCUUCAAAAACUUCAAAAAGAACAAGUCAGCGAAGAACCAUUUGUGUAACGAUUCCACCAUUCGCAACCAGGAGCCAUACUUCUUUGAGGAGCACUGUAAGGAUGUGAUAGAAGUGAGCUGCUACCCCGCGCCAGAUGCCUUCAACCCAUGCGAGGACAUCAUGGGCUUCACCUUCCUGCGUGUCCUCAUCUGGUUUAUCAGUGUGUUGGCAGUCUUGGGAAACUUCACCGUUCUGUUAGUGCUCCUCAGUAGCCGUACAAAGCUAACAGUACCCAGGUUUCUGAUGUGCCAUUUGGCAUUUGCUGAUUUCUGCAUGGGCCUCUACUUACUGAUAAUCGCCUCAGUGGAUGUACAAACCCGAUCGCACUACUACAACUAUGGCAUCGAGUGGCAAACCGGUGCCGGGUGCAGCUCGGCAGGCUUCCUGACAGUUUUUGCGAGUGAGCUUUCUGUGUACACGCUAACAGCCAUCACACUCGAGCGCUGGCACACCAUUACCUACGCCAUGCGCCUGGAGCGCCAACUCCGUUUACACCAUGCGUGUGGAGUCAUGGCUUUGGGUUGGCUCUUUUCAGUUCUUGCUGCUCUAAUGCCAGUGAUAGGUGUGAGCAGCUACAUGAAGACCAGCAUAUGUCUACCUAUGGAUGUAGAGACGGUGUCAUCACAGGUCUACGUGAUGCUGCUGCUCAUUCUCAAUGUACUUGCUUUUAUGGCAGUUUGCGCUUGCUAUGUGCGCAUCUACCUCACAGUGCGGCACCCUGCUUCGGUGCCUGACAGUGCCGAUGCCCGCGUGGCCAAGCGCAUGGCUGUGCUAGUCUUCACAGACUUCCUGUGCAUGGCACCCAUCUCGUUCUUCGCCAUCUCGGCAGCUCUCAGGCAACCGCUUAUCACUGUUUCACAUGCCAAGGUACUGCUUGUGCUCUUCUACCCUAUCAAUUCAUGUGCCAAUCCCUUCCUCUAUGCCUUCUUUACCAAAAACUUCAAGCUGGACUUCUUUCUUCUCACCAGUCGCUUUGGCUGUUUCGAGUCACGUGCCCGUGUCUAUCGCACAGAAACAUCUUCUCUACAUAAUGGCCCUAGGAUGUGCUCAGCCAAGAAUAGUGAUGGGACGCUAUACUCACUGGGACAUGUUGCUCAUCCCCACUGA